AUGGAUCUCAUUCUAGAGAUCGCCGACACCUACGCGCUCGACAAGGUCUGGGCCGCAGCAUGGCCUGCACUUCCCCGUUCCAUUGCAAAGAACCCUUCCACACUGGCAUCGCUUGCUUCAUCGUCCACUAGCAACUUGACAUCCGCGCUCCGCCUCUCAACCGACGCGCCAACAUGGGCCGCUUCCGCUAGUACCUCAGCGUUUGCCCCUUCCUCUUGGUUUUCCAACUAUGUACUUCAGAAGGCCGUCUCAUCGUCGCUGAGCGGUGAACACGUCGACUGGUCAGCAUUGCAGCAUGUCUCAGCACUACCAAGGGAGAGCAUCAUUCGUCAGACCGUCUCGUUGCUCGUCCUUACCUACAUUGGCAUCCUCAUCCUCUACUUCACCUUUGCCGGUCUUUCCUACAAGUACCUUUUCAACAAGGAGAUGGAAAAGCACCCUCGUUUCCUCAAGAACCAAGUCAAACUCGAGAUCGAAGCUUCCAUGCGCGCUUUCUUGCCACUUGACUUCCUCACCAUCCCAUGGUUCGUCCUGGAAGUGCGAGGACAUAGCAAGCUCUACAACAAUAUCUCAGAUUACGGUUGGGCAUACGCCUUGCUCUCCGUCCCACUCUUCCUCCUUUUCACCGAUUUUCUCAUCUAUUGGGUCCACCGACUCGAACACCACCCAAGGCUCUACAAACACGUUCACAAGCCACACCACAAAUGGCUCGUCCCCACUCCAUACGCCAGUCACGCUUUCCACCCACUUGAUGGCUACGCCCAGUCCUUGCCAUACCACAUUUUCCCCUUCGUCUUCCCCCUCCACCGUGUUGUUUCGGUCUGCUUGUUCGUCUUUGUCAACUUGUGGAGUAUUCUCAUCCACGACUCGGACAUGAUCUGCAACUCGCCAUUGGAAAAGAUUAUCAAUGGUCCUUCGCAUCACACCUUGCACCACCUUUUCUUUACCUGUAACUACGGCCAGUAUUUCACCUUCUGUGAUCGCGCUGGUGGAUCAUACCGCGCUCCUAAGGCAGAGGACGAUCCAUUGCUCGCAGUCAUUGCUGUCGAAGAGAAGGUCGCGCUCGCAAAGAAGAAAGCUGCUGCUGCCGCCGCCGCUGCAUUGGAGGGAUCAUCAGAUGACCAGUCUGACGCAUCAUCCAGCGGUGACGAAGGGGUGGUUAUUAAGAAGGAGUCUCGUAAGAACAAGUAA